AGGAGGAGGAGGAGGAGGAGGAGGAAGAAGGGGCAGAGCUGUGCUUUGUGUGCCGAGGCCAAAGGGAAGCUCCCUCCAACCUCGCGGAUCGGGCUGUCUGUGCCUGUCUUUGGGGAGCCACGGAGGAGGAGAAAGCCAGCCCUGCUUGGGGGGCUUCUGCGAGGGAGCAGACCCCUUGGGUUUCAAGAGGGGCCAAUAUAAGCCAUACCAACAAGGAAGCAUCAGCAGGUUGGAAGGACUGAAGCUACAAACGUGUGUGUGUGGGAGAACGCAAAGCUAUGUUCCAAGCCAAGGGGCCAGCCAGCGCAACCUCUACUAAUGAGGCAAAGAGCAACUCAGGGGCAUCCACUGUGCAGAGAUCCAAGUCAUUCAGCUUGAAGGCUCAAGUGAAGGAGACCUGCAGCGCCUGCCAGAAAACUGUCUACCCCAUGGAGCGCCUGGUGGCUGAUAAAUUUGUCUUCCAUAAUUCCUGCUUUUGCUGCAAGCACUGCCGCGCCAAGCUAAGCUUGGGAAGUUAUGCCGCUCUCCAUGGUGAAUUCUACUGCAAACCACACUUCCAACAGCUGUUCAAGAGCAAAGGCAACUAUGACGAGGGUUUCGGCCGCAAGCAGCAUAAGCAACUCUGGCUGCAGAAAGACGUGGAGAAUGGGACUGAUACAGCAUGACCCAUGGGCUCCCUUUUCCCCACGUUGAGAGCCUCGAUAUGGGGAUGAGCCGAGCUGAUGGAAAAGUCAUAGUCCUUGCGAGGGUAGCUGAGGGCAGGCAAGGCAAAGCAGGAAUACAGGAUGGGUUUUCUGGUUUUCAUGGUUUUCUGUUGCUUUUGUGUCUGGGCUUAGAGAGGAUCCAAGAACCCUGGAAAGAGCCCACAUGGUGCUAGGAGUGGAGAUCCUAUGCAACUCUUAUAAGUACAAAACCACUGCCUUGGUGGGGGCACAUACUAGUGAUGCAAGAAA